AUGGCCACUCUCCAAAUCUCGACACCUAAGCCUGGAGGAGGUGGCGCCCCACCUGCAGUCCCCACGACGCACCUUUCCGACCUCGACCUCAACCUCGAGACCGCGUCGCUGCUGUCGCACCCGCUACUCCACGCCAGGUCCGAGGUCUCAAGCUCCUGUCUAACUCCGACCAUGGGCAGCAGCCACACGCACAAGCUCAAGGUCGGCAAGCAAGGCGCGAUCGUCCUGCUCUGCUGCAUUAACCUGCUCAACUACAUUGACCGGGGCAUCAUCCCCGGGGCCCCCGAGAAGUUCAACCACUUUAUUACCGAGACCCUUGGCGUGAGCGUCUUGCACCAGUCCGUGUACUUUGGCUUGCUCACGUCGGCCUUUAUUGCCACGUACUCGGUCUUUUCCAUUGUCUUUGGCUACUUGGCCCUUACCCACCGUCCGUUCCGCAUUAUUGCAUUGGGCAUGACGGUCUGGAGUGGUGCUGUGAUCAUUUGUGGCGCAGCACAGGCGACUGAGAGCUACUAUGUGCUGAUGCUUGGACGCCUGGUUAGUGGCGUCGGAGAGGCCUCGUUCCAGUGUACAGCUACGCCGUUUAUUAACCGCUAUGCACCGCCGGCAAAGCGGUCGUUGUACCUCGGCGUGUACUUGGCGUCCAUCACGGUCGGCACUGCACUUGGCUACAUUUACGGCUCGAUCUUUGCCAGCUCGGCGCUUGGCUGGGCUGCAGCAUACUACGUGGAAGCGGUGGUGAUGGCAGGCUUUGUUGUCUGCUGUCUCACGAUUAUACCGGACGAGCUGAACCAGAUCCCGGUCAAGGAGGUGGAAAGAUUUGAGGUGGAAAGCAAGCCGAGUGCAGUGGUGCCUGGUACUCCAGAGGACGAAGACAAGACGGCAUUGACCGCCUAUAUGGAAGACAAUGGACGCAAGGUGCCUGUUGAGAACACCUCGUUUUUUGUCGAGUCGUGGGCAAUAUGUAGCUGCGUCCCGUUCAUGCUCGUCACUCUUGGCCAGGCAGCUUACACGUUUUCGCUGGCAGCGAUGAGCACUUACAGUCCGGCUAUCUUUAUUGGCAUUGGAUUGUUUGAGAGCGAGACGAUCGUGUCGCUUGUUUUUGGUGGUCUUGUGGCUAUUACCGGCACCAUUGGCACGCCUGUGGGAGGCCUUCUAGUGGAUUAUCUUGCAAAGAAGAAGCCCGAGGAGAUUGGUCGUCGCUGCAUGAUUUCCGUGAAAGCGCUGUUUUACUUUAUGCUGGCGUCGAUCGUGUUUGGACUUUUGAUGGUGGUUUUUAUCAGCACGAGAAUCCUGUGUCUGAUUUUCCUCACGCUGUGUCUCUUUUGCAUGUGCGUGUUGUCCGUUCCCGCGACGAUCGCCGUGCUCGAGCUGUUUCCAAAGUAUCGACAGUCCAUGGCCGUUGCGACGAAUACACUGUUGAUUCACGCGCUGGGAGAUGUGCCGUCCCCUAUCAUCUUAGGUUAUAUAAAGGAUGAGUGGGCUCCUCUCUGUGGCACGGUGGAGAUUGACGGUAAAGCGCAACUGAACCCGCGCUGUCCAGAGAAUCACUCUGGUCUUCGGGACGUGCUGCUCUUUGCCGUAGUUUGGCUGGCGUGGGGCACCAUGCUCUGGGGUGCUACAAUUCUAGUGAUGAAGAGAAAACUGCAGGACGAGAAGCGACGUGUGGGUCGUAGUGGUAUAAUCUCCGGCUCGGCAUAA